GAUUUAAGGUAAACAAACCCACCGGGGGAAAAAAAAAAAAAAAAAAAAAAAGCCCACUUCUGAUUUUUCUUCUGAUUUAACGAAAAUGUGAAGUUAAAUUUAAGUUUUACGUGAUUAUUUUGUGGGAGAAUGGACCAAAAAAGCGUAAUGUUACUUCAGCUGUUGAGUUUGACGCUGCUUCCGGUGGGCACGAGCGAAGACCCGCGGCGUAACGUGCUCUUCAUCAUCUCGGACGACUUGAGGACGUCGUUGGGUUGCUACGGCGACGCUGUGGUCAGAUCUCCGAACAUCGACCAGCUCGCCUCGCACAGCCACGUGUUCCUCAACGCCUACGCACAGCAGGCCGUGUGCGCUCCGAGCCGGACGUCCCUCCUGACGAGCCGCCGCCCGGACACGACCAGACUCUACGACUUCAACUCGUACUGGAGGAAACAGGCCGGGAACUACAGCUCCCUGCCCCAGUACCACAAGGAGCACGGCUACCAGACCAGGUCCUACGGCAAAGUCUUCCACCAGGGCAUCGCUUCAAAUCACACAGACGACUUCCCGUUGAGCUGGACUGUCCCUGUGUUUCACCCAGAAUCACUUUACUACGAGAAGAAGAAGGUGUGCCGAGGAGCAGAUGGACAGCUUCAUGCAGAUCUUCUACGACGAGUGAGCUGGUCUUUGGGAGAACACGGGGAAUGGGCCAAAUACUCGAACUUUGACGUCGCGACGAGAGUCCCGCUCAUGUUCUACGUCCCCGGAGUCACCGACAAAAACUCCAGGAAAAACUCCAGGAAAAACUCCAGGAAGUUUCAGUUCAUCGACGUGUUUGGACCCACGAAGUCUUUCAUCAACGGUCAGGAGUCGGAGAACAUGGUGGAGCUGCUGGACAUUUUCCCCACGCUCGUUCACUUCAGCGGGUUAAAGGUCCCCAAGCCCUGCCCCGAGGUCUCCUUCCAGGUGGAGCUGUGCAGAGAAGGACAGAACCGAGCCAACGACUUUUACCACCAAGAAAAAAGAAUAAACCGAGAACAGAUCGCGUUCAGUCAGUAUCCCCGACCCUCCGACACUCCACAGUUGAACUCAGAUCUUCCAGACUUGGGUGACGUCAGGGUGAUGGGAUACUCCAUGCGGUCGUGGGAUUACAGAUACACGCUGUGGCUCGGCUUCGACCCCAAAACCUUCCAGGUGAACGUGUCAGAUGUUCAUGCAGGUGAGCUCUACCUGCUCGACUCAGACCCCGGACAAGACCACAACGUUUACGAGCCGGACGUCACGACGACAACAACAACAACAACAACAACAGCUCAGACGCACACGACAAACACGACUCUGAACGUGAGCGUGUGGGAGCGACUGAAGCUGCAGAUGUUUCACCUCAAACACAAACUCAGAACCGGAGGGAAAAGGUGAAAACGCAACACGGAAAACCCAGGAAUUCACUGGAAAAAAGACUUGGACCAAAGGGAAAUAAACAAACACGGAGAGAUUCUGGAGUUUAUGGAAACCAGCUGGAAAAGUGGAGGAGAUUCCGGCUCGUCUGUCGGGAAACAAAAACAAAAACAGAAACAAACAGACACGGAAUUCAACAUUUGACCCAAAAACAGAAGUUUAUUGUAAAUUUGUAAAACUGUAAAAUAAAGUUACAGUUUGUGAGAAACAAGAGUCACACCGAGUCACACCGGGUCACAGCCGGGUCACACCGGG